GAGAGAGAGAGACAGAGAGAGAGAGAGAGAGAGAGAGAGAGAGAGAGAGAGAGAGAGAGACAGAGAGAGAGUGUGUGUGAGAGAGAGAGCGAUAUUCUUUCUACAUUUCUUUACUCUGGACUCUACUGCUACACCAUGGCACCUGUCACGGACAGAGAAUCACGGACCUAGGAGCGCCACAUUGCCAGGAACACACAGAUAGCAAGACAGUACAAAGGUUCCAGUGCCACUGUGAGAAGCUUCUUCAGUCCCGUUGGAGCUGAGAGGUGUGCGGUACGACAGACGCAGAACGGGGGAACGCCACACAACGCCCCGAAGACUGACGUCCGUUUUGGAGAGGAGAGCGACGACAACUAGCUGUUCGUUGCUACGACAACAACCAGACCCAUUUCAACCCGAGGCGCGCCAGGCUAGUGCCAACCCCAGGACACCAUGAUGGUGGCAGUGACGAUGAUGACGACGUGGGGCUCCCUGCUCCUCGUGGCCUCCCAGGUCUCAUCCAGCGGAAUCCCCAAGACCAGCGCCUACUCUUCACCCUCCUUCUCCUCACACCCAUUCUCCUCUUCCUCGUCCUCCCCUCGCAUGAAGCUCUCCUACAAAGAGCUGCAGCAGUUCCACGGCGUGCGCCGGUUCGAGCUGGAGCGUUCGUGCUGUUUCAGCGCCCUGUUGCUGGACGAGGAGAGGGGGCGGCUCUUCGUGGGCUCACGCAACUUCCUGCUGUCACUCAGCCUGGAUAACAUUGCCAAGCAGGAGCACAAGAUCUACUGGCCGGCCCCUGUGGACUGGAGGGAGGAGUGUAACUGGGCAGGAAAGGACAUCAACACAGACUGUGUGAACUACGUGAAGAUGGUCCACCACUACAACCGCACUCACCUGUACACCUGUGGAACCGGAGCCUUCCAUCCCACCUGCGCCUUCGUAGAGGUGGGACAGAAGAUGGAGGACCACGUGUUCAGGAUCGACCCGUCCAAAAUGGAGGAUGGGAAAGGGAAGAGUCCAUACGACCCCCGUCACCCUGCAGCCUCGGUGCUGAUAGGUGAUGAGCUGUAUGCGGGCGUGGCCACUGACCUCAUGGGUAGAGACUUCACCAUCUUCCGCAGUCUGGGGGGACGACCCUCCAUUCGCACCGAACAACACGACUCACGCUGGCUCAACGAGCCUAAGUUUGUGGGUUCGUUCUGGGUGCCGGAGAGUGAGAACCCAGACGAUGAUAAGAUCUUCUUCUUCUUCCGGGAGACAGCGGUGGAGGCUCAGGGCCUGGGGAAGUCCACCUACUCCCGUAUCGGACAGCUCUGCAGGAAUGAUAUGGGUGGCCAGCGUAGUCUGGUCAACAAGUGGACCACGUUCUUGAAGACUCGUCUCAUCUGUUCUGUGCCGGGCAGUGACGGCAGUGACACCUACUUUGACGAGCUCCGGGAUGUGUUCCUGCUGCAGACCAAGGACAGGAAGAACCCUCUGGUCUACACUGUCUUCUCUACCUCCAGCAGUGUAUUCAAGGGAUCAGCCGUGUGUAUUUACACCAUGAAUGACAUCCGCAGGGCCUUCUUGGGGCCCUUCGCCCACAAAGAGGGUCCAAACUACCAGUGGGUCCCCUUCCAGGGCAAAGUCCCCUACCCACGCCCUGGCAUGUGCCCCAGCAAGACAUUCGGCAGCUUCGAGUCCACCAAGGGUUUCCCUGACGACGUGAUCCAGUUUGCCCGUCACCACCCUCUCAUGUUUAACCCCGUGUACCCCCUGAACCGCCGGCCCGUCUUCCUGAGGACCAACGUAGACUACAGCUUCACCCAGAUCGCUGUGGACCGGGUGGGCGCCGCAGACGGGCAUUAUGAUGUCAUGUUCAUUGGCACAGACAAAGGGACGGUGCUGAAAGUGAUCUCUGUACCGAAAGAGAGCUGGAACAACAUGGAGGACCUGCUACUGGAGGAGCUAGAGGUGUUCAAGGAUGCCUCAUCCGUCAUCAACAUGCAGAUAUCCUCAAAACGGCAACAGCUGUAUGUGGGCUCAGACACGGGUCUGGCCCAGGUUCCUCUGCAUCGCUGCAGUAUCUAUGGGAAGGCCUGUGCUGAGUGCUGCCUGGCCAGAGACCCCUACUGCGCCUGGGACGGCACCUCCUGCACCCGCUACCUACCCAACACCAAACGGCGUUUCCGUCGUCAGGACGUGAGGAAUGGAGACCCCAACACCCUGUGUUCAGGAGACCACCACAAGCACCGGGUGGCAGAGAGGAGGCUGUUCGGGGUGGAAGGAAGCAGCACCUUCCUGGAGUGUAUCCCCAAAUCCCUGCAGGCCAGAGUGACCUGGACCUUCCAGAAACAACCCCACAACGCCAAGGAAGAGCCGCGUCUGGAUGACCGUGUGCUGCAGACAGAGCGGGGGCUGUUGGUGAGGAGGGUACUGAAGCGGGAUGUGGGCCUCUACCAGUGCCACGCCAUGGAGCACGGCUUCACCCAGACCCUACUGGGCAUCACCCUGGAGGUAGUACCCUCCUCCUCCUCUUCCUCACCGCCCGCCGACCCUCUCCUUCGAUUAGACCCCCGUAGCGGAGGCGGUGGCCCACCUUCCACCAAUCAGAAGCUGUGGUACCGGGACUUCAUGCAGCUGGUGGACCACCCAAACCUCAGCACCGUGGAUCAGAUCUGUGAGCAGGUGUGGGCGCGCAAGAGCGCCCAAUCGGACAAGAGCUUCCCGUCUUCUCCCGACAAACAGGCCCCGCCCAUCGGUCCCGUGGUCCGGCCCCCUAACAAGAAGUGGAAGCAUCUGCAGGACAUCCGCAAGGGGAGGAACCGCCGAACCCACGACGGGAAACCCUCCCCACGAGCACCACGCAGCGCAGGGGAGUGACAACAGAGAGAGAGGAGAGAAAGAAGGAGAGAGACUGAGGGUGGCGAGAGAGGGAAGAGAGGGAAGAGAGGGAAGAGGAAAAGAGAGAGACAGAGACUGAUAGAGACCAAGGACUUCUGGAGGGUGUCAACACAUACACAGCACCUCCUUCUUUGUGAAUAUUUAUCUUCCGACACCCCACUAGCUACUGCCCCAUGAUGCUUCACUCUGCCCUGACCCCUGACCCCCGAUUAGCUUGUACCGCCCCUUAUUAUUCCCCCUAUCUUUAUUCUCUGUCCCAGCUCUCAAUCCCUUUGGGUGUACUCUCCUGGAGAACUUCUGAUGGAGACCUCACCUCUACAGAAUAGACUGAACAGAGUCCCCAAGUGAAACGAUGGCUCAGUGUAUGUCACUCAAUCUCUCAACUGGAAUUACAACUGGCUCGUAACCGGAAUAUCCGAAUGGAAAAAGACACACAUACACACCACAGGAGGUUGGUGGCACCUUAAUUAGGGAGGACGGGCUCGUGGUAAUGACUGGAGUGGAAUCAGUGGAACGGUAUCAAACACGUGGUUUCCAAUUGUUUGACGCCAUUUCAUUUGCUCCGUUUCCGGCCGUGUUUACGAGCCGUCCUCCCCUCAGCAGCCUCCUGUGAUACACGUUUACAACCCGAGGCGAGGUUUACAACCCGAGGCCUUUGAUAACACGGACUACAAAUUGUGAGAUGGGACAAAAACAAUGGGCUCCGCAGACCUCCAAACGCACCUUGAUCAACUUAGGUAUAAUCACAUUUCAGGUGUUUUGCAAAGAGAGCAUCACGUAGAUGUGUGCUUUGUGACAGAUGCAGUCUUUGAUAUUCUUUUUUUUGGUCCAAACCACUACAGAUAGGAGAAAGCACUACUGUCAUUCCAGGGUGCACUACUGUCAUUCCAGGGUAUAGAGAGAGCUGUUCCAAUGAGGUGAGAUUCUGAAGCAGAGCGAGAGAGAGAGAGUGUACAGGAGCAAUACAAUGGUUCCAUUGUGAUUCUAUUUUACAAAAUGGCUAACAAGGUAGAGGAAGUGGGCGAUGUUCUACCUGUAUGUUUAUGGGCUGACAAGGUAGAGGAAGUGGGCGAUGUUCUACCUGUAUGUUUAUGGGCUGACAAGGUAGAGGAAGUGGGCGAUGUUCUACCUGUAUGUUUAUGGGGUGACAAGGUAGAGGAAGUGGGCGAUGUUCUACCUGUAUGUUUAUGGGCUGACAAGGUAGAGGAAGUGGGCGAUGUUCUACCUGUAUGUUUAUGGGGUGACAAGGUAGAGGAAGUGGGCGAUGUUCUACCUGUAUGUUUAUGGGCUGACAAGGUAGAGGAAGUGGGCGAUGUUCUACCUGUAUGUUUAUGGGGUGACAAGAAAAAUCUUUUGUGUUUUAUUUAGUCAUUUAUUUAAAUGAUCUGUGUGUAUCUUCUGACUCCGAUGACUUGUGUUGUGUGCUGAUACAUUUACAUGGGGGGAGAUGGUUGAGAUGGUUCAAGUGACAGGCUGCACAACAUCAAUGUGGACGUGGCCAAACAAUAGUGGGCUUUGAAUACGACGUCCCAACUUUGGGCAAAAAGCAUGAUAUUUAUAUGUGAAAAGAAAACAUCUCAAUUUUUUUUUCUCCAAAUGGUACAUACAUAUGGUUCUUUUAGGCUUACACUGUUUGCCUAGGUAAAUGAUCAGUAGCUGUGUGCGUGCGUGCGUGCGUAAAUAAACGUCCCUCCCUCCUGUGCUGUGUCUGUAGGCCCAUCUCUGAGUGUCAAUUUUACAGCAUGUCUUUGAUGCCUUCAGUUCAGCGAAACACAUUUGUCCUCUGUGAAAUGGUGUGAGUAGAUCGCCACCUAGUGUCCUUUCCGUGUAUAGGCCUAGUCCAUUAACUUCCUACGGUACGAUUCAAUACAGUCUGUUUUGUCGGCUUCUUCAAAUAAAAACGUGCUUUAAAUGUUUCUCCUUUUACCAGUGAAGUCUGUGAGAGCGUACAGAUGUGAGGAAUCCCGCCUUUUACUUAUAGCUGCUUAAUAAAGGUGUAAUUAUUAACUUUUGAACGACUGAGGACAAUAAGUUAGGUGGGCUGUAGUUUUGUGCUCUCCAAUUGCAUGACCAAGGUUAGGGACUAGACGGUGCACAAUGGAGACUUUGGCUGCCUAUCUGAAUAGCACUCAGGGCCCAUAGGGUCCUGGUCAAAAGUAGUGCACUAUAUAGGGAAUAGAGUGCCAUUUGGGAGACACCCUUUGAGAGGCGAGAGGGUCUUGUGUUCAAUAUGCUCACUAUGGUUAUCCUAUGUAUUCAUGUGGACAAAAUAAGCUAAUAUGUUGUGGUGGAUAUUUUUUUUUCUUUUCAUGUCGAGACUUGGGGCUCUAUUCAAUCUGUAUCGAUGAAGCGUUACAGAAUGCGCGACAGAAACCUAAAGGCGAUUUCCAAUCGAGGUGACAAAUGCAGUGUUUCCUGUGAACGCAGUCUCUGCUAAUGCGGGGACGUUGCUUUUAGAUUGCUGUCACGCUAAACUACAGCCUUACCGAUUGAUUGGAGCCCUUGCAGUUGUACCAUACACGUUCUGCAAAAGCUAUCAUCAUUCAAAAAAACACUCGGUAAAUGUUGAUCCGGUUGUCCAAUUAGCAUCAUCGUUCUUCACGCUGCCCUCCAACCGCUGAUCCUUUCUAUUCCAUGCUAUGUUACGCACCCCAACUGUGUGUGUGUGUGUGUGUGUGUGUGUGUGUGUGUGUGUGUGUGUGUGUGUGUGUGUGUGUGUGUGUGUGUGUGUGUGUGUGUGUGUGUGUGUGUGUGUGUGUGUGUGUGUGUGUGUGUGUGCGUGUGUGCGUGCGUGCGUGCGUGCGUGGAGGAAAGGAGAUCUCUUUACAUAUUGGCUUAGGAGGAGAGGUAGUCUGUAGAAACAGUUCAAAGUUCAGAGGCCAAAGUUGACAUGGUGCACUGUAUUACUUCCAGAGUUCUUUGUGGAUUGUUGUGCCGAAUUGUUUUUGAUUAACACAAUAAAGUGCCCAGUUACUUUA